AUGCUGAUUUUUGAAGAACCCUCCAUCAGCCUUUUUGCUCUGGAACAUUGUGAGGGAAGAGAGUUACAUCUUGAAGAGGCUGUGAACUCUGUUUUGAACAAGGACCUGCACUUCUAUACCCAGUCUGUGUGGGUAAAAAGUGGACUUUGGAUAGCUUAUGAAGGAUCCAACUUCCUGGGAAGACAAAUUCUACUUGAUCCUAUUGAGAUUCCAAAUUGGACAGCAUUCAGUAGAUGGAAAACCAUUGGUUCCCUCCGUCCUAUGAAGCAGCCUGCAGUGUACAUCAGGAUAAAGAACCGAGCCCAGGAUGAAUAUCUAACAGUCACUGGAAAUUUAGCUGACACAAGGGCAAUGUCUGUGUGCAUCUCUCCCUACAGUGGAAAGAAUACUCAGAUCUGGUAUUACUGUCGAGGACUUUUUAAAUCCAAGGCCAGUGAUACGUGUCUUGAUGUGAUUGGUGGCCGGGACACACCUGGAGCUAAGGUAGCCCUAUGGACUGAACAUGGACAGUUCAGACAAAAGUGGAGACUGAAUAAAAAUGGAACCAUCAGUUCUUAUCUCAGUGAUCAACUUGUCCUUGAUGUUAAAGGAGGAAACUAUUGUGACAAGACUCAUGUCAUUGUAAAUCAGCCCCUGGAGGGAGAAGAAACACAGAAAUGGGACAUUGAAAUACUGUGAGAAUCAACACCAUCCCUAGAAGGAGCAAAGGAACCUCACCUCCCUCACUGACGUAUGCAUGUGGAAAGGAAGCUACUGUGUCCGCUCUACUGGACUGCUGUGCAGAAUGAACUUUUCCUCAGGCACCAAGGCUGACGUUCUUUCAGCGUGCAAAAGCUCAAAAUAUUGUUGCCAGUUUCUCAGUGUUCCUAUGAAGAAAAUAUGAUUUCUGGGAAAGGUUUUAUUCCUGAUGGAUUCCAGUUGUGGUAAGCAAGUUUCCUGAAGUCUAUAUUUUCUUUCCUAUCUACCAAACAUGAAUGCUAUUCCUGAUAGCCCAUUAUAGGAUGUUGGUGAUGCUGUCACCUGUAUUAGCUAUUAAUAUCCUACGGGACACCUGUGUGAUUGCAAAGCACAGGAAAAUAAACAUACUUCUGCAAAAAGAUGAAUAAUUUUAGCAACAUCUGAAAAUAUAUUUAAAAAGCCUUCCUAUUAAGCUGCUGCUGUGUGUAAAUAAGCCUUCAAAUUUCUAUAUUGAAGCUUUUAUAACAGAAACAUCCCAUGAGUAUUUAAAUAUUUUUAACUGGCUCCAUGGAGGGACCUCAGCUUUGUUAGGCAAAAGGCACCAGGACUGGUAUAUUCUCUGUGGCCAUUCUUUGCUCCGUCUUUCAAACUGAAAAAGCACAUAACCUUAGAGUGCCAACCUCACACUUUAGCACUGAAACAGUGGUCACCUGUCUUGGUGCUGAGACCUUGCCCAGGAUUUUUGCCUGAUUUGCCCUUAAGGAGAAGUGUUCAUAAAGAGUAUGUCACUCCUAAAUGAGAGUCAAAUUUUUGUCUGCCUGAAAUAAAACUCUACACGUCCAAAUUUACUUUUCAAGUAAAGGUGCAGUUGUUUCUCUACUCGUUUUCACUCCCAUUUUAAAUAGCUUAUAUUAAAGCAAAAUCAGGAAAUAAUUUUUUAUUUAGUUUCCAGUAAUCAUUACCACCUUUAACCACACAAUUCACAAGCAUUUUCCCUCCUAAGUUGGAUUUAAACUUUCCUUGAGACAAUUGUUUCUUUUAUUCCCAACUUUUGCCAGAAAGCAGAAAAAUACUCUAUUUUUAUAUAGAAAGAUUAAAUUCUCU